CGGUUAAGCCGGGCGCGGGCAGGAAGGGUGCGGUGCCAUUCUUAAAGGGGCCCGAGGAGCUGGCGACGGGCUGCCGACGGCCGGAAGGAAAAUGAGUGAGUCUUUGGUGGUUUGCGAUGUUGCUGAAGAUUUAGUGGAAAAGCUGAGAAAGUUUCGUUUUCGCAAAGAAACAAACAAUGCUGCCAUUAUAAUGAAGAUUGACAAAGAUAAAAGCCUGGUGGUACUCGAUGAGGAGCUUGAGGGCAUUUCACCAGAUGAACUUAAAGAUGAACUACCUGAACGGCAACCUCGAACCUUCAUUGUAUAUAGUUAUAAGUAUCAACAUGAUGAUGGAAGAGUCUCCUACCCUCUGUGCUUUAUUUUCUCCAGUCCUGUUGGUUGUAAGCCUGAACAACAGAUGAUGUAUGCUGGGAGUAAGAAUAAAUUAGUCCAAACUGCUGAACUAACCAAGGUAUUUGAAAUAAGAAACACUGAAGACCUAACUGAAGAAUGGUUACGUGAGAAACUUGGAUUUUUCCACUAAUGUGAACUUCCGUGUUUAUAUUCUAAACUAUUUGUGUGUUAACCUGACCAUACUGGAACCAGACAUAAAUACUUAUUUAUGCCUAAAAAUACACUGUUACUUACAGUUUGUUUCCUGCGGUAAAGAAAAAUUCUUCAUUUGUGCAAAGUUUGAACAAAGAGGAAAUCAUCUUCAUAGUAAUAAAACUUUGUAAAGUGUUUCCUUAUAUUUGUAACUAUUAGGUGGACAACUUUUCUCCAGGGACUUUUUGCACUCUUGUGACUAAUUUCUAUAACUUACGGUUCAGAAUUCGUUACUAUUUACAGACACUAUAGGAAAGUUGGGUUUUAGAUUGUGAGAGAUAAUAGUCGCCUCCUUUUGACAAAUAUUGGAUAUUAGUAGUUUAUAAGUGAAAAUAGUUUAUUAUCAUUUAAUCAUUGACAUUCAUUUGGGGCUGAAGAUGUGAAUCACCUAAUGUUGAGCCAUGAAUUGUAAUUUACAAGUGUAACCUACAUUACAAGUAUAGUUUUCAACUUCCCUACCUCUUUUGGUUUAUUUUUAUCUUUUUCAUCAUUUCUAGAAACUUGUCUUCAAUCAUUCCUUAAGGUCUGAAAAUUAGGUUUUUAUGAUGAGAGUUAGGACUUUUGGGUGUUCUUAUAUAGAAAAUAACAUCUUAGUCUUAGAAACUGGAAAGUUGUAAUGAUCAAGGGCUUCAUUCCUUUUUUGUUUUGCUGGUCCUGAGGCUUUAACUCUGGGCCUGGGUGCUGUCCCUGAGCACCUUUU